AUGGAGAUAUCUCUACAGAGAGACAGUAAGGGUAUUAGAUACGAAGGUUAUGACAAAGCCUUCAAAGUGUGCUUCUUUGAAGAAGGAGAUGUUGAAGGCAAAAACGAACGAUAUGAGUUUCGGUAAGUUGGAAAAUUUUGGGGCCACUAAAAAAUGACAGAAGAUUUUUUGGACUACUUCUGAAAAUUGUUCCAAUUCAUUUUUACAUAGAUUCAAGAAUUUAUAGAAGAUAAGUUUAUAUUUUGAUGAUCUAUAAUAUGAGCAAUCACAUUUUCAAUAGGAAUUGGACCAUUGAAAAUGAAUUCAACCAUAUAGUCAAUUUGUUAGAUUUCUGGUGGGACCAUUUUAAAAAUUUUUUAGAGGUGAUUAAGAUUAUUUUAAUACCGGAAAAGCUUGGGUUAGUCAGUUUUUUUCUUACCAAAUUCAGAAGGUUUUUUUAUUCUGAAACCCAUUAAUCGAUAUCGAUUCACAAAAUCAUCUGAAAUUCAUUUUUUGUUUUCAGCUGCAAUUAUGAUCUCGAAUGUUGCGGUCGAGUUUGUUGUACACCAACAGAUGCCACAGUUCCACUUUGGUUCGUUCAUAUUUUUCAAUUUAGCCUAACUUUCUCCAAAAAAAAAACAUUCAUUUCAGGCUUAUGAUCAUUCUGAUCGUUUUGGCACUUUUGCUUCUUUUGGCUUUGUUCGGACUUUUAGCGUAUUUGUUGGGAAGAUGGUUGAAGUCACGACCAAAGAAAGGUUAGUCUAACUUACAAUUAGUGUGUUUUCUGCAACCAGCAAGUUCUAUGAGACCAAAUUUCCAUUUCCCCAUUCAAACCUCUUCUACUUGGCAUGUCCCUCCCCAAGUUCCCCUAACUCCCCCCGAAUGUUGCAGAAACUAAAGAAACCAAUAACAAAUACGCCGCCUUGAGAAGCAACGGAGAAUCUGACGAAUAUGCGAUCCAUGAUAAUAAACAAUACAGUACUCCAGAUGAUAUCUACAGUGCAUACGGUAGAAAAUAUGAUGGAAAUGGGGGAGCUGGAAGUCGAAACGGAUGGAGGAAUAAUGGGUUAGAUAUUGAGCGAGUUAGCGCAAAUGGAAAUGGAAAUGGAUACGGUGAUGGAUAUCGUCGCCGUGAUUUUGCUUUAACCCGCGAUCAUUUGAGAAGACCAUCGAAUAAUAUUUAUGAUAGUGAUAAUGGAAGUGUUAUUCGACACGGUGUGCAUGAAACUGUUGAAGAGAGUUUCAAGCAAGAAAUUACUUAUGAACGACCAGUUGAUUCGGAUUCCGAUUCUCAUGAAAUGUUGUGA